AGUAAAUUAGAAUUUGACAGAUUUUAACUGUCUCAAUCAUUUAGUUGUCCAACAUUUUCGUGAAAUAUAUAAAAUUUUCAAAAUUAUGCUGUCUAAAUUUAAACGUAUGCUAAUAUCCCGUGCCUUAAAUUAUGACAACAAGCGCGGUUUUAAAAACAUUCAUGCUCCACCCGAAGUAACCACCACCUAUGUCACCGCUCGUUACAAACUUGAAGAAACACUCCCGGUUGCAAAAUAUGGCGGGAGAUACAUAGUUACUAUGAUCCCUGGCGAUGGUAUCGGUAAAGAGAUAAUGGCACACAUUAGGGACAUCUUCUACAUGAUAUGCGCUCCGAUAGACUUUGAAGUAAUUGACUUUGAUGAUCCUACUGAUAUCGAUUAUAUUGUUCAUUCAGCGCGUAGGAAUCAGUGCGCUAUCAAAGGUCAUAUGGAGCGGUGGUAUAAUCAAAAGCAGUUAAUAUUUGACUCACCUAAUGUGGAACUAAGAAAAAAAUUGAAUUUGUUUGCGUACAUCACUAGAUUUCAGACGUUUAAAGGCGUAAAUUGCAAAUUUCCGGAUGUGGAUAUUGUCCUGGUGAGGCAGAACACUGAAGGAGAAUAUGCUAUGUUAGAGCAUGAAACUAUCAAAGGUGUGGUAAACUCAUUAAAAGUUGUUUCUCGGAAGAUGGUGUUAUUAACUGCGGAAUAUGCAAUGGAAUACGCUAAGAAUCAUGGAAGGAAGAAAAUUACUGUGAUUCACAAAGCAAAUGUUCAAAAACUAACUGACGGAUUGUUUAGAGACGUAUGCUUUGAUCUAGGAAAAAGAAACAAUAUUGAAAUGGAAGAACUUAUAAUUGACAAUGCAGCUUGCAAACUUGUGCAAAAUCCAUAUCAGUUUGAUAUGCUUCUUUGUCCCAAUCUAUACGGCAACAUUAUAACAAGUAUUAUUUGUGGAUUAAUUGGUGGUUCUGGAUUGACUUCAGCAGGAAACUACGGUUCAAACUGCGCAGUGUUUGAACCUGCUUGUCGAUGUCGCGCUAAAAGUUUACAAGGACUGAAUCUUGCAAAUCCAACGGCGUUUAUUAAUGCUGGAAUGCAAUUGUUGCAUCAUUUGGGAUUUCGAACACGAGCUGAGCUUUUGGGGGAAGCUCUAAGGAAGUCCAUUGAAGAUGAUUUAGUAAAAACAAAAGAUAUUGGUGGUACAGCGACUACUUCGGAAUUCAUUGAUAAUUUUAAGAAAAAUAUAGCUCGACUGAUGGAGGAAGCAUAUGCCAAAAAAGUUCGAGAGGUGGAAGAAGAUUUUGAUGCGCAGACCUAUUUGGAGAAUUUAUAAUUACGUAUGUUGUGUUGGGAGUUCAAUCAUUUUUUAAUUCUUAAAUCUUGACGAAAUAAAGAAAAAUACUUAGUUAAAA